UGGUAUAUCGUGGCUUCCGCAACGUGAGCAAGAAGACCCUAAAAAUAUCACACGCCAGCAUUCAUUUGAUCGCCUUUGUAUUGACUGUCAUUGCUCUGAUAACUGUCUUCGAUUCGCACAAUCUGGUUGAUCCACCAAUACCAAACAUGUAUUCCCUGCACUCCUGGUUGGGACUCGGUGCUGUUAUCGUUUUCGGUUUGCAAUAUGUGGCAGGAUUUACAGCUUAUUUAGCACCAGGCUGGCGGCAGACGCUUAAGGUCGCUUAUAUGCCACUGCACAUCUACUUUGGCCUAUUUGGAUUCGUUUUAGCCAUAGCAAGUGCUCUAAUGGGCAUCACCGAGAAAGCUAUAUUUGCAAUUUCCGAUUACUCUUCCUUCUCGAAUGCCGGAGUGAUGGGCAACAGCUUGGGAGUGUUGUACGUGAUUUUUGGCGCCUUAGUUAUGUACUUGGUCACUGAGUCUUCCUACAAACGCAAACCAUUGCCAGAGGAUACCAUUCUGUUGACGGGCGCAAAUGAGUAGAUGCUGACGAAACACUGCAUGCAAAGGAGGGAAACGUGCGAAGAUAGUGAAAUAAUUAAAACUUUAUGUUCUUACUUAACUUUGUCUUUUUACGCUAUUACGUUUUUACGUUAGAACACGUUACUUUUAUACGGACAACAGUACCGCGAGGUGCUAAGACAACAUACUUAUGUAUGUACAUACACAUGUAUAUGCGGACUCAUGCACUUACAUAUGUUAAAAUAAAUGCACAAUCAAACGCACAUUUUUAUAAAAAGAUGUUGGUUGAAAAAUUGGGUGCUUAAUUAAUUUUAAAAUUUCGGUGCUUAUCUUAAGUAUUUUCUGUUUACUGAUACAUAUUUGUGUAUUUAUUUGUUUUACGUAAAUAAACAUACAUACAUUCAUACAUA